AGCCGAGCAGAGGGCGAACGCGGCGCCGAGCCCCCCGGGGCGCUGAGCGCCAGCGGGCCGCCUGAAACGCCCGCAGCCGGGGUGCACGGGCCGGGGCACGGGAGGCGGGGCCGGGGCGGGGUCCCGGCGCGGGCGGCGCGUCGGAGCCCGAGCCCCGGAGCCGCCCGUCCGGGCCGCACCCGGAGCGAGCCUUGGAAAUGCCUGCGCUGGGGGAGCGGGCGCCGGCCGCCCGGCGGGCUCCGAGGAGACGCUGAAGGUCGCCGGGAAGUGAGCGCCCGGUCACCUGACCCCCGGGGCGCACCUAGGCGGGGCGGGGCCCAUGAGAGGCGGGCGGCCGGGGGCCGGGGCGCAGGGGCUGGGAGCGGGCGGCGCGGAGCGCGCGGAGCCGGGCCGACGGGGGCGCGCUGCGGGCGGGCGAGGGCGCGGCCGGGCACCGCCGGCGGCCUCGCCAUGUCCCAGCCCGCGGGAAGGAUGCAUUGCCGAAAGGCAGGGAUCCGCGCCGCGGUGGUGCUCAUCGGACUCCUGCACAAAUCCCGAAAACAGAAUAAAGAGAAAAGGAAGCAGGAGCUGGCCAACAGCCCGGACGUGACCUUCCCAGACCGGCCGCUGUCCCCCCCUCUCACUGCACCUCCCACUAUGAAGUCGGCGGAGUUCUUCGAGAUGCUGGAGAAAAUGCAGGGAAUCAAGCUUGAAGAGCAGAAGCCGGGCCCCCAGAAGAACAAGGAUGACUAUAUCCCGUACCCCAGCAUUGAUGAGGUUGUGGAAAAGGGAGGCCCGUACCCCCUGAUUGUCCUGCCCCAGUUUGGAGGCUAUUGGAUCGAGGACCCGGAGAACGUGGGGACGCCGACCUCCCUUGGCAGCAGCAUCUGUGAGGAGGAGGAAGAGGGCAGCCCCAGCCCCAGCACGUUUGGCUAUAAGCUCGAGUGCAGGGGCGAAGCCAGGGCCUACCGCAGGCACUUCCUGGGGAAGGAUCACCUAAACUUUUACUGUACUGGCAGCAGUUUGGGGAACUUGCUCCUGUCCGUCAAGUGUGAGGAGGCAGAGGGCAUGGAGUACCUUCGGAUCAUUCUCAGGUCCAAAGUGAAGACAGUGCACGAGAGGAUUCCCUUGGCCGGACUGAGCAAGUUGCCCAGCGUCCCUCAGAUUGCAAAGGCUUUCUGUGAUGACGCCGCGGGGCUGAAAUUCAACCCUGUCCUGUACCCCAAGGCCUCCCAAAUGAUUGUGUCCUAUGAUGAGCACGAUGUCAACAACACAUUCAAAUUUGGGGUCAUUUAUCAAAAAGCCAGGCAGACCCUGGAGGAGGAGCUAUUUGGGAACAAUGAGGAGAGCCCAGCUUUCAAGGAGUUCUUGGAUCUUUUGGGGGACACAAUCACACUGCAGGAUUUCAAAGGUUUCCGCGGAGGCCUGGAUGUGACCCACGGACAGACAGGGGUGGAAUCCGUGUACACGAUAUUCCGGGACAGGGAGAUCAUGUUUCACGUCUCCACAAAGCUGCCAUUUACCGAGGGAGACGCCCAGCAGCUCCAGAGAAAGAGACACAUUGGGAAUGACAUUGUGGCCAUCAUCUUCCAAGAAGAAAACACACCAUUUGUCCCAGAUAUGAUUGCCUCCAACUUCUUACACGCCUACAUUGUUGUGCAGGCCGAGAACCAGGGCACGGAGACCCCAUCCUACAAGGUCUCAGUCACUGCACGGGAAGAUGUGCCCGCCUUUGGCCCCCCUCUGCCUAGCCCUCCUGUCUUCCAGAAGGGCCCGGAGUUCAGGGAGUUUCUGCUCACCAAGCUCACCAAUGCAGAGAACGCUUGCUGCAAGUCAGACAAGUUUGCAAAGCUGGAGGACCGGACGAGGGCCGCCCUGCUGGACAACCUCCACGACGAGCUUCACGCGCACACGCAGGCUAUGCUGGGACUGGGCCCUGAAGAGGACAAGUUUGAGAAUGGGGGCCAUGGGGGAUUCCUGGAGUCUUUCAAGAGGGCCAUCCGCGUGCGCAGCCACUCCAUGGAGACCAUGGUGAGCAGCCAGAAGAAGCAGCACGGCGGAGGCAUCCCUGGCAGCCUCAGCGGUGGCAUCUCACACACCAGCACAGAGGUCACCAAGACCACCUUCUCGCCUCCGGCGGCGGCAGCGGCGAAGAACCAGUCGCGGAGCCCCAUCAAGCGGCGGUCGGGGCUCUUUCCACGGCUGUACACAGGCUCUGAAGGCCAAGGCGACGGCCGGACACGAUGUGACAGCGCAUCCAGCAACCCCAAGACCCCGGAUGGUGCACACUCUUCUCAAGAGAUAAAGUCUGAGGCCUCUUCCAAUCCCAGCUCUCCAGAAAUCUGCCCCAACAAGGAGAAGCCCUUCGUAAAGUUGAAGGAGAAUGGCCGAGCUAACAUCUCCCGCUCCUCCUCCAGCACCAGCAGCUUCAGCAGCACGGCGGGGGAGGGGGAGGCCGUGGAGGAGUGUGACAGUGGGAGCAGCCAGCCGUCCAUGACCUCACCCUUCAAGCAGGAGGUGUUUGUCUACAGCCCGUCCCCGAGCAGCGAAAGCCCCAGUCCGGGGGCACCUGCCACCCCCAUCAUCGUGAGCCGGAGUCCUACAGAUGCCAAAAGCAGAAAUUCCCCGAGGUCAAACCUGAAAUUCCGCUUCGACAAGCUCAGCCAUGGCAGCUCUAGUGCGGGUCACUAAUGUGAAAGAGGAGUCCUUCGCUUGUCAAAGGGAAGCCCCGAUUCUGUCUCGGAGAAGGCUCCUAUUCCGGCAGUUUGGGGGUGCCAUCCACUAUUCUGACCGUUACAGUCCUGCUGCCCCACCGGCCACUUGCCCACCAGACCAGCUGUCUGCCCCCGUGCCCCGAUCUGGCCACCAUCCUGCCUGCCCCUUGCCGAGGCACCCUGCAAGCACUCUCCUUCUCUGGACGAGGCCUCAUUCCUCCGGGCUCCCCCUACUCCCGACCGGCCCGUGUGACGUGUGUCUGGCUCGUGCAUCACCUUGUUUUGUGCACAGAGGAAAGAGUUGGGCAAAGGGGAUCUGGGUCCUGGGGACUGGGGCCAAGACUGGAGAAGCAGAAAGCGGUGAGGUGGGGUGCGGGGGCCGCCAGCUCGAUGCUGCACGGGGAGGGGCAGCACAGUGUCCUGCACGUGACAGGCACAGCAAACCCAUUGAGUGGUGGCGGAGGGCCCACUUUUCCAGGCACCAAGAUCUGUAGCCGGCCUCCACGAUGUGAGGCUAGAAAUCAGCGGCGUUGCUCGCACAGCUGUGUGCUUCUGCGCUAGGAGCUGCUUUCUGGCCCAUCUGCCGCCCUCGGGCCCAGCACUGCCUCGUCCCUGAGGCCAGCGCACCCUGGGUGCCGGCAGCAGAGGCGAGACAGAGCUGCGCGUGUGUGGAGGUGGCCCCACGCCGUUGCUGUGGGAGAAGCCCUGGUCAGUCUCUCCCCUCAGAGCAGAUGUGUUCCCCAAGGAGGGGUGGGCGGCCCGGAGCAGGAAGGAAUUCAGGAAGAGCAAGCUGGCGAACUGUGCUGUGGGGCCUUGGCUGAGGAGAACCGUGGGGCCGUGGGCUGGGAUGGGAUCAGGUCCCCGCUGGAGGUGGAGGUUCGUGGAAGAGUUGCUUUAGCCUACCACUUAGGUCAGAGCCGGGGAGGUGGGGGGUGACCUGUCCCCUCGGUCGACGUGUGGACGUGGAAGGUAGGCGUGAGGAAGGAGCGACAUCCUUCUGCGAUUUCUGCUCCUGGCAUCUGUGGGCCGGGGGGGCGGGCAGGGCUACCUUGGGGGCUCUUUCCAGCUGCUGUGCCCUUUGGCCUUGUUGGCGCUUGGUCCCCCGAUCCCCUUCACCCACGGGUCUGUAGGCAGUGGUCACGUUGGCGGGAUUUUUACGACCUGGGCCCCAGCUGGAUGCAGUUCAGAGGCUGCCUGCCCCCUGCCCCCUUGGCCAGAGCCAGCUCACUCUCAGGAGCAGGCCCCCCUUCCCUGUGUCUCACCCAUCCCCGUCUGCAGAGCCCUGGGGGUGCGAGUGGGGCCCUGUAACAUGGGAUAGCCCUGGUGCCUCAGGCUGGGCCCCUUCUUCCGUGAGCCGAUGACAAGGAUUUCUACCAAAUUCGGGCCUGUUCUGAAGUCAAAGCAAUCCUGUCAAUGUUCUACUUGUUUUUGACUGAUGUGACCGUUUCCCCACUGCUUUUGCCAUUAGAGCAAAACCUUGAUCCUUUGUCUCUCACUCAUGCGGACGUUGUGGGAUCCUAUUUGCCGGCUGGGUGGAUCUCUCCCCUCACUAUUUGGGAAACGUGUUUACUUAAAAUUCUAGUCCAGUAAAAUUUCUUCCAGUGAGAAAGGUCAACAAGCGUCUGUUUAGCUUUUAUUAAAAAUCACUGUAGCAGCACCCACUGCUGGAAUGAGGUCUGCGGAUUCUGGCAGUGUUCUGUUGGCUGGCUUUCUGAAGGAACUUGAAAGGUCAAACUGCGUUUAAAACAAAAACAAAAAACACACAACUCUUCCAGGUUCUGGCUUGCUUCUUGGGUAGCUGGUAUUUAUAGCUGCUUGGUGGUUGUGCUGUGCUGUAUUGUGGUCUGGGGGUCCUCUGGAGUUUCCAGGUUGUCCCCACCCUGUCCUUGGGAGCCUCAUACCUGCUUUCCUCCACUGCUCUGGCUGUUCCUUCUGCAGCCCCCACCUCCUGGGAGGGCUCUGCCCCUGCCUCUGAGCCAGUGGCCAGGAUGGGACCCUGGGAGGCACAGGCCUGUUCCCUACGAAACAGACCUGAGAAGUGGUGUCUACCUUCUGUUUGCUACUGGGGGUGCACUGGGCAGGGUCUGAAGCGUUCCUCUCUCUGGGUCCUGUCUCACCUUCUCUAGAAAGUCCAACCCAUCUAUGGCUUCCAGAGUAUACAUGACCAGCCCGUGAGGUCCUAGGGCUGAGGGGGACGAGGACAGAGAGUGGACAGUCUCAUCCCACCCCUCUGCACCAUGGGGCAGGCAGCUUGGGUUCCUGAAGGCUGCUUCCCCCAUAUUCUCUUGCAUCUGCUCUGGUCCAAAGUUUCCUUUUAUUGCUGCACCCAGUCUUGGGGCUCAAAUAUUUGCUCAAGUCUCCUUGGUCCCUGUGACCAGACUCAUCCUGAUGGUGCUCAUGCUGGGAUUUGAAACACUCUGCUUGUGAUCUGGACACAUCUCUGCCUCUGGGAAGUGCCUGACUCGUGGAAGAAACUACACUGGUCAGACUCUGCAGGGCACCCAUAUGCUCAGUUGAUGCUUAACAACAGAUGCAGAAUGAGCUUGAGAUAGAAGAUCUGACCUAGAGUUUCUAAUGAAUGGAAAAUGAUGAAUGAAUGAAAAAUGAGUGAAAAACAUUCUGUGGUUCAGCCUUGUUGGCCUCAUCUCAAUGUCCAAGGCUUCUGGGCCCCUUUUGACAUCUAAUCCAUCCAUAUCGUCAUCCAGCUGAGAAACCUCAGCCCCAGUGAGGGGAAGUGACUCACUGGAGGUCGCACAACUAACGAGUGGCAAAGCUGGGAUUGGAACCCACAGCCCAGGCCCGUUCUUCGGUGCCACCUACAUGGUCGGUUGAACGGGUGGCUACAUUUGCUGGGGCCCUGAGUUUUGGAGGAGUCAGUUAGCUAGUGCCUGGGCCCUGGUUGGGAGCUGUCCGCGGUCAAGGUGGGACUUCAGUCUCUUCUUUUCAUCAGGAGGGAUAUGCACUCAGUUUUCCAGUGAGGGCCCUGGGGUUUUGGAUGCGGCUUGAGCAGAGAAACCAAGGAGGGAAAGAGAUUUUUAGUGGACCGUUCCUGGUAACCUCAGGUCUUCAGCUCUGGUCUGUAAUGGGGGUGGAGGCUGGGGCAGAGUGCAGUUACCUAGCCCUCAGUUUCCCCUUCUUAAGUUCAGAAGAAAAGUGGUAAAAGAAAACUCUGUUCUCCCUGAUCCUUAAACAAAGGUGGUUAAUAAAAGUGUAGGUUCCUGUGCCAAGGUAGGACGAGAGCCAGAGUCACUUUCUUACCCUGACUGGUUAGGGUGCCAAUGCAAACACUACCUUCCUCAUUUGAUUCUGAGUCAACAGAGAUAGGUUGUUGUGGGGGAAUGGCCAGGGGUCAAGUAGGUGGCUGGCAGGGACCCACGGCUUUUCUCCUCAAGCUCCCUCUCGGCAAGGUGGAAGUGGGUCAGUGGAGUUUGCCUAGGCUGCCGAGGAGCGUUCUAGCUAGUGGUAGCACUAGCCCCUCGCCCACCCCAACCCCACAACUCCCUCCUCUCAGCCAGGCCAUCUGCCCCUUUGGGAGGAAGGAGACCACCCCCACUAGGGCCAAGGACAGCAGAGCCCUGCCUAGUGAGAGGCUCUUGGGGCAAUGGCUCUGUCCUGGGCCUUACCAGCCCUGGGGAGAGGGUGUUUGGCUGGAAGGCUGGAAUUUAAAUGCCAUCAUCCUUGAUUUUGUAAUAUUUCCACUCGGAACGGUCAGUUCCUCCUUCCCGCUCCUUAGCAUGUAUGCCAACUCUCCCGCGUCAUGGACGUUACCCUUCUACACUCCGGCCUGGGGAGUGCCAAUGUUCUAAUGUGAAGAGAUUCCUUUGUGUGAUAGAACCCAAGAAGUGUAGCUUGGAAAUGAUGAUCCAUGUGAUGAUGACUUUUCUUUCUUUCCUCUUCUUGAGGAGGUGAUUUGUAGACCCCGACUGCCUAUGUAAUGUAAAUAAUGUACAUUUAAUUUAUUGCUAUGGUAGCACAUUGUAUUUGUUAAUGUAUAAAACAAAUUCUAAAAGGUCGACAAAUGUAUAUUUUGUUGCUUAAAUGUGUCUUUGCAGAAAUUGACAAUAAAUAACAUAUUUUG